UUCGUUCGCACGCAGUAGCGGGAACCCCGUGGCGUCGCCAUCCACGCGCAUCCCACAGCCCCACGAACGCACGCACGCACAGCACCCAUGGCGUGGGAGUAACGCGCGGCUUAACCGCGUUAAUCCCGUCAUCCCUCCGUAACCACGCUUUCCCUCUGGCAAUCGAAGCCCAUCCCAUUCCUACCUGUACAGUUCAGACUUCAGAGCUUAGCGGUUGGUUCUAUGCUGCUUGGAGAUUCAGAAUUUUCUUCCCAUCUGCCAGUCCCGCCGCUCGCUCGCUCGGCCUCAGCGCCGUUGUCGGCCGGCGAGCCCAGUGCCCACGGCGCGCGGUCUUGUUCUCCUCGCCUUUGACUGAACCCAUUCCCAGCUUACUGUUACUGACCGCCUGCGCGACAACGGCAGCGGUUAUAGCUACUGCAGCCAAGCCUUCCUCACCAACCCCACCUCCACCACCGCAACGCAACAAAACGCGGAGAGGCGAGGGGCGGCUGCUCUGCUAGACUACCGCGCUGCUGCUACUGUACAAACGUCGAUCCGAACAACAGCUGACGCCGGCUUCUAGCUGCUUCGCGCUGUGGCAUGUAGCAGGAGAUUGCUACUUGCCCUGCAGAUAUAUAUAUUUUUUUUUACCCCGUGGGGGUUCGUUAUUGUGUAGCUCGCGCCUCUAUUACCUCCCCCCAAAUCCUAUCUACCGCCGGAGAGGCGUCGUUGGCUUCUUGUUGAUCGUGUCGGUCGGCGCGGAUGGAGACGCUCAAGAAGCAGGCCAGCAAGCUCCGGGAGCACGUCGCCAAGCAGCAGCAGGCGGUUCGCAAGACGUUCAGCACGCGCUAUAAUCAGGACACCUCUCUUGUCGAUGAAGCUGAACUUGAGUGCCAUCACAAUCUGCAGAGGCUUUAUAAUUCUACAAGGGCAGCUAAACAUUUCCAAAGAACCAUCGUACGAGGUGUGGAGGGUUUUGUUGCUGUUAGCACCAAACAGAUGGAGAUAGUGAAAAAACUAGCUGAGGAUUGUUGCAAAUACGGAAACAACAAUCAAAACUUGGGUUUUGUUCUUGGAAUAGCUUCAGUUGAGUUUGGUAAAUCCCACACCCAAAUGGAGAUAGAGCGAGAGAAACUUCUUAAGGUUCUUGGAGAGCAGGUUUUUGAGCCUCUCCGGGAAAUGAUAAUGAGCGCUCCUCUUGAAGAUGCUCGCUUGUUAACUUACCGCUAUCAACGGAUCAGACAAGACAUGGAGUCUCAGAUAGCUGAUGUGAUGAGAAAGCAACUGAAGUCCAAGGAGAGCAGUGGCAAUUCAGAUUCAUUGAAAUUGCAACAUGCAGAAUCAAAAUUAUCAGAGCUCCGGACUACGCUAGCAGCAUUAGGAAGAGAAGCAACUGCAGCUAUGGAGGAUGUAGAAGCUCAGCAGCAACAGGUCACCUUCGACCGUCUCCUUGCAAUGGUUGUUGCCGAGAGAACUUAUCAUCAGAACGUUGCUGAUAUUCUAAACAAACUCCAUGAUGAGAUGCUCCAUGCAAAACAACAUCAUGGAGAGUCAGACAACCACUGCGAUGAGGCAUCAUCAGAACCAUCACCGGAGCCUAAAAUGUCACCAACACAUGAGCACUCAAAUAGCACAUCAGAAGAUCCAGCAUUAACUGAAACUAGUGAACCAACAAGGAAUAGUCAGGAAGUGCAUUAUGUUGGGGAGGUAAUCCAUCCGUUUGAUGCUCAGGCUGAUGGUGAGCUCAAUAUUUCUGUGGGUGAUUACGUUGUGGUCCGCCAGGUGGCUCGAAAUGGGUGGUCGGAGGGGGAAUGCAAGGGAAAGGCUGGCUGGUUCCCAUCUGCUUACGUACAGCAGAGGGACAAAGCCCCGGCAAGUAAGGUGAUAGAGCCUGGACUUCUGACUGCUUGAUCUCUCUCUCCUUCUGAUAGCUGCUAUCCAUCCUUCGUCCAGCUUUUCUUGUACAUGUCAUAAUUCACGAGUGAUUAGCAUUUUGUAGAACUCUUCUGUGCAGAUUCCUGUGCGUAUGUAAAAGAUAUAGUGUUUUGCCUUUAGGAUCUCUUUUCUUAUUCUUUUUUUCCUUCCCCAAUGUAUAGAGCUAUUGGUGCUGGGGUGUUGUAACCUUUCCCUUCUUAUGUGGAAAGCAUUCUCCCUGCCGACUUUAUGCUGUCGUUUUCAAAACAGUGAUAGUAUUACCAGUCUUGUUUUUCUCGAUUGGAUCGAGAUUCGACAA